GUUUUGUUCUGUUGGUGGAAUUCCACCAACCCAAUCAGAUUGCAGUAUCUCAAGUGGAUUGAUCACACCCACUCAAAUUUACCACGUGUGAAUUUUGCACACGUUGGAUUGACUGAGAGGCGUGGCCAACACCCACUUUAAUAAAUGAUAUUCAUCGCUAUUGGCUAGCACCCACAUAGAAUAAAUGAUAUUCAUGAUACUAUUGCGUAACAGGCCAGAACAAAACUGUGGAUUAUUCCCGACCUCCUUCAGGGAGGGCGGCGGCGCACGACUACUACCAGUACAUGCAGUGAGUUGAUAGCUAGCUCUAGAUUCUAGUCUUCAAGCUUGUCAUCAAGGAGGGGGGUGCUCAAGCCCCCAAAGCUUCCCACUGGAUCCGUUACUGCGUGACUGAAUAGUGUUAUUAGUGCCAUCUGUUUUGUGUAGAACUUUCUGUCAUUUUUUGUGAGCUAUUCAUUGAUGGGAAAGGAAUGAUAAUAAACCAGCCCAACCCCCAUGAGCUGGUGUGCUUGUGAUAGUCAAAUCACACUGAGCUAGAUUAUCUUUAGAUCUGAGUGGCUAUUCUCUAGACUCCUGCCAGUACAAUGGAGCUUUUGCUUCUAGCAUUAGUUUUCUGUUCUUUGUCAAAAAGUCAGGCUCAAACCUGUGGUGAUAUUGGGACCAAUGUUGAGGGGUUCACUGAAAGCAGAGAACAGAAGUUCUUCCUCAACACUCAAGCUCCCGCUCCAUGUGACGGGACAAUCGAUCAGUUUGAGUACUGCUAUUACGUAACUGAUCAGCAAUUAGGAGGUUAUCUGUUCACAUUUGCUGUCUAUAGGGAAACAUACCCAGGGAGUAACGCAUACACUCCAAUUUCUGAUCCAUUCAACACUGGUACAUCUUUUUUCAACCAAGGAGGGGACAGUUUUACAUGCAAAACAUUUCAAGCUGAUCAGACUAUCAAAGUUCAAGCUGGUGAUAUGAUUGGUGCUUGCAUAUAUGACCCUCCAAAUGAGAGUGGCUUUCUUGGUAGUAGAACGCAACUUGACGUAGUUGGACAACAAGCUGGUUCCGAUCGAUUCCUGAUGUGUCAGCAACUGAUAACUCAGGAUGUAGUAACUCAGCUGUUCCUGAUUUCGUUAGUGGUCUCAGUAGAGCGAACUCGUUCGUUAUGCACAUCUAUGCAAUUAUAUUUGUAAGUCCUUCAAAAUAGAACUAUUCAUUCAUAUUGUAAUAAUGAUUCGUUCUCGAGUUUAUAUGGCUUACUUUAAAGGACAUUGCAGACUCUUCAAAUUUGUGUGCAGCAACAUCAGUGGAUAUAACUUAGCUAUUCUAUACUUAGUUAGCUCUGCAUGUGCUAGCUAUUGAUAGCUGCAAGGGUAAGAAUAGAGCUGCAAAGCCACACUGGUUCAGAGCUUGCAGCCAUGCACUAAUAAUUAUAGAUCUUGAACUUUUGGCAUCUCUUUCAGUAGGCAUAACUCGAGAACGAAGCAUUGUUUUGUAAAUCCACGAAAGAAAACAUGGCUAGAAGCCUAUAGAAACUCUUACUUGCACUUCAUUGAUCAUUGAGCAGCUGUAGCAGUCUACACACACACACACACACACACACACACACACACACACACACACACACACACACACACACACACACACACACACACACACACAAACUUGUAGUGAUUUGUGCACGCAUGUCAGACCUCCUCCGCAUAUUUAGUGCAUGCCAUGGCAGCAAGCAGAGGCGGGUGACUCCUAUCGGCCAGUUGGAGCGUCGCCCGGUUUCUUAAAUUUCACGGAAACCGGGCGACGACCCAGCCCACCAAACUGAACUAUUUUCUUGAGAUCAAGGUUGAUCAAAAGACACAGGACUUGUGGGAGUGAUGGAGUGUGGAGUGGGUCAGCUCCAACUAGCUUGUGUGCGACCAUGUUAUGAUUUACCAUUGCCUAUACUCAUGGACUUGCUGACAGCAGACCUAUUAAUACCUUUGCUACCCACACUUGCGACAAUGGCUACACUCUCACUGGAGGGAGUUUCAGAGUUUGUCAGAGUGAUGGGACCUGGAGUGGAUCAGUUCCAACCUGUCAACAUGAGAACAAACAAAAUUAAUAAUAAAUAUCUUUGUUAGUUUCCUGUGGCCCUCCUCCCUCAAUUGACAAUGGAUCUCCUGGGACACCAACCAGCAUAAUGAUCAGAGGAGAAGCGACCUACACCUGUGACAUUGGAUUCAUUUUGAUUGGCUCUAAAACCAUCACAUGUUUGAGUACUGGAAACUGGAGCAGCUCACCAUCCUGUCAGACCCCUCCCCCUGUGUACUUGUCCUUCUCCUUCACCAACUACUUGUCUGGGCUCUCUGAGAUUCCCCUGUCCUCCGUGGGAGAGGGGAGUAGCCUCGUCUGUCAUACUGACCUUGCUGGCUGCUGUGAGGGGAACACUGGAGAUUGGUACUAUCCUAAUGGCUCUGUUGUUACGGAGGAUGGAGUGUUGUAUGUUAGCAGAGGUCAGAUGAGUGUCAGUCUGAUGAUGAGUGGAACUGCUACUGCUCUCGGUGGCCUCUACUGUUGUGUGGUGCCUACCAGUGGAGGGAGGGACACAGCGUGCAUUGUGUUACCCUCUACUGAUGCAUGAGAGCUCUGUGGAUGCUCCAUCUACUGAUGAUAGCUCUAUGGGUGCUCAGAGUGACAACACUGGUGCUGUGGUGAGAGGAGUGGUGGCCCUGGUAGCAGUGAUUGCAGUGACUGUAGUGAUGGUGACCUACCUAGUGCUCCGGUACAAGAGAGGAAGGAAAAUUGUUGGAGAUACAGGUGCACUCAGACUCCAUCGUCGAGGGUCUGUGUCAGGCCCCACUGGCUCCUACUGCUGUGUGAUUCCUGAUAAUACUGGAGUAGAACUGGCAUUCUGUGUGCAGUUAGUGACUGAAGUCAUCACUACCUCUCCUCCCACUACAACCUCUACUGAUGAGAGCUCUCUCUGUCCCCCGAGUGACAACACUGGUGCUAUGGUGGGUGGAGUGGUGGCCCUGGUAGCAAUGGUGGUGAUCGCAGUGACUGUAGUGAUGGUGACCUACCUAGUGCUCCGGUACAAGAGAGGAGAGAAAAUGACUGUUCCUCGAGAUAUCCCCCUUACUGAUCAGGGUCAAAGUGCAGCCGCUACCUACGAGACCGUCACUGCCACUUAUGAGGAGAUCCCAGCUUCCAGAGAGGUCAAAGGUGACUACAGCUACACACAGAACAAUGCCUACUCGACUGUGAGUGGGCGUGAGGCUCCUGCUGCUAGAGGAAUAUACGAUAACUGAACUAUCACAUUCUUCAUAAUGUCUCAAGUUUUGAAUUGUAUUUUAGUUCAUACAGAGCACAUGCAAUAUCAGCUCUUCUCACAUAACGUUUACACCACACUCUGCCUGUUUUCCUCUCAUUGUAAUUGAAAGAAAAAAAGGGAAAUAGGUGGAGUGUUUUCAGAGGUUCAACAUGAUCAUGUAAUAUUCCCAUGUACAUAUUAUGUUUCUUGAUCAGAAUGAAAUCAUGCUACAAAACUAAUAAUUUG